AUGGCUAAUGCGGGAAAUCUAACCACCGUAGGUGUCGAAUUUGAGUUUCUGCUCGCCGUGAAAACAGCGGAGGGGGGCCCAGAUCCGCAUCCGGAAGAGAAUCGAUGGCUGGCACGCAGAAUGGCAUCCUUCCCCGAGACCAGUGCCGAGUUCAAAAUUACCGUUCGUAAUGAGAUAGUUGAUGUACUUAGGGAUAACAGAGUGCUGGCAGUGAAAUCUCGGAAUGAUAACGACCUUGCGGAUAAAUUCGAACCCACCACCGAAUUCGGCUGGACAUCUAGCAAGGAAAGAGAUGUAAUUGGAAAUGCUACUAACCUCGAGCCAUGGAUAGGCGUAUAUACAUGGGAUUACACUAAAGAAAACUUCGAGAAUUACCAUAUUGGCGCUAACCAUUGGGUAGAACAGUUCGCGGAUUUCCAUGAUAAAAAUUCACUGAAGUUAUAUCAUACUUUGGAUAGGGAUAUAGAUCAUAUUCAAGAAAGGAAUCUCCGGGUUGAGCAUAGGGGAAGGGGUCGCCCAAGACCAGCACGAUUCACAGACGCACGAGACACAUUUAAAAAAUAUGCUAAGGUUCGAACGGCAGAAGCCUUAAGGGAGUAUGAGAAACGGGUGUCGGGGGAGAUCGACCCAAAUUCUGUUGAUAUCCCCGGAGCUAUCCCUUUCUAUAGAGCUUGGACGUGCGGUCAAGAUGUAACUAUAAAACCAGACAACCUUCCGGAUGAUGAAUGUAUGCGUCUUUAUCGGGUUCCGGCGGACUCGGUCUCUGUUCCCGAAUCGUUCCUAUCAUUAGACGGAGAUGGGAACCCAGUCUUAGACAAAGAUGGAUACAAAAUCUUGACCCGGAACCCCCUGAAACUUUAUGCUUGGUUUCAGGGAGAACUGCGGACAUCCAUUCUGGAUUAUAACCACCGGGACACUAUUCCUGCUAUUCGAAGGGCUUGCGAUGCUCUCCGAGGGGCUUUCUGUAUUCAUAAACCAAUGUCGGCCAUAAAGACUGGCCUCCAUAUCCACUUCGGACAGGAGAAGGGAUGGACAUUAUUACAUCUUAAGAAGUUCUCGACACUCUGGCUUAUUCUUGAGGAAGAUCUGGAAAAACUUCACCGACGCGAUCGGUCUGACGGAUCCAACACUUACUGUUUAUCUAACCGGGAUAAUUGCCCAAUCAGCACAGCGGUGCGGGGUGGCAACAAGAACUGCUUGUCAACCAUCGAAGACACAGACCCGGAUGCUUACAAGAGCAAUAUGAGUCAGAUGAAUAAGCAUGUGCCAUUUACACCAUCUUCAACGGAUACGUAUAACGUCAUUGCGCACACCCGAGAAAUAAUCAAUGAGGUUUGGAAGUACCAAAGUAUCACAGAGUUAAGUGAAGGCAUGUCUGGCGAUACAGGUUUUCUUUAUGUAAAAUUCAAGAUUUAUGGUAACGUUGUAUCAUUUAUGAAAGAGAAGGAAACAGGGACGUUAGAGAUAAGGCUCAUGCAGGGGACGUUAGACGCCUACCACAUAGAGCGCUGGAUGAAGAUAUGCGAACGUAUCAUCAUGUAUUGUCGAGACACGCCAGAUGUACAAUUUUACAACGGAAUACAUAGACUACUCAGCCAUUCGGCACCCCUAGAGGAAAUAAUUGGCUUUCCUGGAGAAUACCUACAGUGGUUUCGAGACCAGCAGGGAAACUUGGGAUAUUUUGAAUACCCUGAUCAUAAUAGGGUGAAUUGGGAUGACCCUUUCAUGGCUCCCGGUUUUGGAGCCACUCAUGCACCUGAAACUUAA